GUCAUAUAUUCUUUGGGUACAAGUUUACCCCACCAUUCCCAUAUCCAGAUAUACCAUGCGCCAAUAAGAGUCGAUCUCUACCUUUCCCGAGUAUGUAUCGUAAGGUUACUCCGCAUUAACCUAAAGUCUUACAUGUUCAGACCAUUUAUGCUUACUUCAUUGUAAUAUUUAAUAUGUAGCGAGAGCCUGUGCAGCAUGCAUAAGUUUUCUCAGAUCCAUUUUCUUGUCAACAUGCAUUUUAUUCGACGACAAUGGCUUUGCUUAUUCUUGUUUUACACCACAAUAUUAACGAUUAUUGUAAGAGCGACGACACUACAAUCUAUUCAAGGCUUGGUCAAUCUCUUGAAACGAAGACUACCUGCUCAUGUUGGUGACUUUGAGUUUCGUAUACAAAACAAUCAUACGCCAGGAGUAACAAAUGAUGAAUAUGUUGUAUCUCAAUCUGCUACAGGAAAGAUUUUGAUUGAAGGGAAUUCAAUAAGUGGUAUUGCUAGUGGGCUACGCAAAUACUUUAUAGAUAUUUUGCACGUGGAUAUUUGGUGGUAUAUUGGCUCUCAGCUACAUCUUGCUCCCGAAAGUUUACCGACUUUGAAUUCGAUCUUAAAAGGGACAAGUAUUGUACCAUGGCGUUAUCAUUUCAAUACUGUCACAUUCUCGUAUCAAGCCGCCUUUUGGACAUGGGAAGAUUGGGAACUUCAAUUGGAUUGGAUGUCCCUUCACGGUAUCAAUCUCUCUCUAGCCUGGGUAGGUUAUGAGAAAACAUUACUUAACACACUCCUCACCAUUGGACUCACCACUGAUGAGAUACUCUCAUUUUUCUCCGGUCCUGCCUUUCAAGCUUGGAAUCGAUUCGGUAAUAUUCAAGGGUCUUGGGGUGGAACCAUUCCUCUUGCUUGGAUUGAGGAUCAACACCUUCUUCAAAAGAAAAUUGUGCAAAGAAUGGUAGAAUUAGGUAUUACACCUGUUUUACCCGCUUUCACCGGUUUUGUCCCAAGAGAUUUGAGACGAGUAGCACCUAAUGCAAAUAUCAUUAACGGAAGUGAUUGGGGAAAUCUCUUCCCAUUCGAAUAUUCAAAUGAUACGUUUCUAUACCCAAUCGAUCCUCUUUUUAAGACUCUGCAACAUACUUUUCUUAGUCUUCAGUCCGAAUACUAUGGAAAUGUAUCACACAUCUACACACUCGACCAAUUUAACGAAAACCUUCCUGCAUCUGGUGAUCCCUUGUAUUUGGGUAACAUAUCACGUGGUACUUACGAUUCUCUCCAAUCCUUCGAUUCAAAUGCUACUUGGAUGUUACAAGGAUGGCUUUUUUACGCUGCUUCAUCAUUUUGGACACAAGAUAGAGUUGAAGCUUAUCUUGGUGGGGUUCCAAAGAAUGAGAGCAUGUUAAUACUUGAUCUCUUUUCCGAAUCUUUUCCGGAGUGGGAAAAUACACAUCAAUAUUAUGGAAAACCAUGGAUUUGGUGUCAAUUACAUGGUUAUGGUGGUACUCCUGGUAUUUAUGGUCAGAUAUAUAAUAUCACGAAUUCCUCGAUUGAAGCAUUCCGAAAUUCUGAGAAGAUGGUUGGAAUGGGAAAUACGAUGGAAGGGCAGGAUGGAAAUGGACUGAUGUAUGAAUUACUUUUGGAUCAAGCUUGGAAUUCUAAUCCUAUUGAUACUAAGGAUUACUUCAAAAGUUGGGUAGCGAAACGAUAUCAUAUCGCUGGUUUUAAGCAAUUGCCAUCGGAGAUAUACUCAGCAUGGGAAACUCUCCGUACAACAGCCUACAACAACACAAAUCUAACUCUUGCAGACAGUCUUCCAAAAUCUUUAUUGGAAAUGCAACCUAACAUUACCGAAAACCAUGGAAGAUUAGGCCAAUCUUUGACAAUCGAUCUCUUUAAUCCUGCUGAUUUAUUUAGAGCAUGGGGAUUGUUAUAUAAUGCUUCGAUAUCCGUUCCAGAACUCUGGUAUGACAAUGGAUGGAAAUUUGAUAUGGUGGAUGUUACAAGACAAGUUCUGUCGGAGAGGUUCAAAUUGGAAUACGUGGAUUUGAUUGAGAAAUAUACAGCGGAGAUUGAUUUUGAAGCAACAAGUGAGAAUUUGAGCAUGAUUUUGAGGAGUUUAGAUGAUAUUCUAUCUACUUCUCCUCAUUUCAGAUUGGAUACUUGGAUAAAUGCGGCCAUUGCUUCUUCACCGAACUCUUCCACGUAUCCUAUUCCCUCAUCCGAUGGCUCUUCGGAAUUAAAUAUCACACAGACGCAACAUUUAUUCGCCUACAAUGCUAUUAAUCAAAUUACUAUCUGGGGACCAACAGGUCAAAUCAAUGAUUAUGCAUCUAAAAGUUGGGGAGGUCUUGUACGUGGGUAUUAUUUGAAAAGGUGGGAGAUUUUUCUCGAUUAUAUUGGGAAAGUGAGGUUUAACGAUUUCAAUGCCACAGAAUUGAGAAGAAAGUUGGGAGACUUUGAGUUAGGCUGGCAAUGGGAUGGUUGGAUUGAUGUUUUAGGAGAGAGUGAUGAAGAGGGUGAUGAAGCGGAUGAUGGAAGAGAUUUGAAAGAGUUAAUCGAGAAGUUACAUGAAGAACUGAAUGGUGAGCGUAACUUCAACUAAUUAUUAUAUCCAUAAAUUAUCAAUAAAUAUUUGAUCAAAAUCUAGGUAGUGUUUUCA